AUGAGCUUCACCAUUGCUCCACCUGCCGGCUGCCGGAAACCUUCAGACACUGACAAAUUGACCCCGACUCCAUUUCUUCAGCAGAUGUCAUCACCACCUUCGUACUCUAGCCAUGUCGCCGUCCUCCACCUGCCUUGCACAUCCAUCAUGAUUUUCUUCCCUAAUGCAAAAAUUGGUAGCUUGAAGAAGGCUAAAGAUGAUAAGAAGGUGCACAUGAUAUCACCACCAAGGUCACUUCCACCACCACCACCAUGUCUUUACAACAACAACGUUUCUUUUUCUCCUUGCCUACAUGAACAUCUAUGA